AUGAAAGGUAAGUUAGGUACAAUGAGUUCUAAUAAAAAUGAUUGCAAUGUAAAGAUUGACAGAUUGUAAAUUUGAAUUUGUUGCCAAACAUUUCUCGAAAAUUUUUUGAAAAGUCGAGUGUAAUAUAUUAAAUGUUUUUAAGUAUCAAUUUUUUUAAUAUUUAGCAGUUUGUUAUUGAACUGUCAUUUUAAAUAUUUUUCUAACAUGAAAUCUAUUCAAAACAGAAAUCGUUAGAAUACUAAUUUUAUAAAUUAACAAAACAUAUAAUAAAUUAAUUUGAGUAGUUUAAAUGAAUUUUUUUGUGAAUUAUAAUAUCUUAUAAUAGAAUGAAUAUAUGUAUAUUAAUUGAAAGAAAACGAAAUUUAAAUUCUAUCGAGAUACGAUAUUAAUUAAUAUCGUUUGAUUAUUUCAGCAACAUUCGUGGCAAUAUUAGCCACAGUUGCGUUUGCAAUCGCUACUCCGCCACAGUGUCUGAAUCUAAAUGGAGAAGAUAUUGCUUUGUUUUCGAAUCCAGAUGACUACACGACUUUCUAUUACUGCGAUGAAGGCAUACCAUGGUUAAUGAAAUGUACCGAAGGGCUUGAAUAUAACCCAGAGCUAAGAAUAUGUGAUUACCCGAGAAAGGAUGCAGACAGUAAACAUCAUCAUUCAAAACCACCACCUCCUCCAUCCAGUUCUGCACCUGGAUCUUCUAACAGACCACCACCGCCACCGCCCCCUCCAUCC